GUUUGACCCAUGCGAGUUCCCGUAUAGUUGAAGCGGUGCUGCCUGAUGUGUCAAAAUGGCAGAGCUAACAACACUAGAGAGCCUGCUGGAGAUGGGCUUUGACAGAAACAGAGCGGAAAAGGCUGUGGCCAACACAGGAAACCAGGGGAUAGAGCAAGCCAUGGACUGGUUAAUGGAACAUGAGAACGACCCAGACAUUGAUGAGCCCUAUGUGCCUCCUGUGGGGAACGUCCUGGGAGGAGAAGCAGACAGCCAGUCGACUACAGAGCAGCCGUCGCUUGCAGACACAGCUGAAGGGACAGCAGGUGAAGACUUGGAGGGCGACCAGAGUGCAAGGAGGCCGAUGACGGAGGAGGAGAAACUUGAGCAAGUUAAAAGGCUAGAGGAGCUGAUGCGGGUGAAGCAGGCAGAGAGACGAGAGAGAGAGCGGGCAGAGGAGUUGGAGAGGGAGAAGCAGCGGAGGAAACAGGGCCAAGAGCUGCAGCAGAUUCGCCAGAAGAUGCAGGAUGAUGACAUGAAAAAACUUGCUGAUCAGCGCAGGAGAGAGAAGAUGGAGGACAAACUGGCAAGGCAAAGGGUUAAAGAGAAGAUUGCACGAGACAGAGAGGAGAGAGCACAAAAGUUUGGAGGCGGUGGACCCCCCAGCACGACUGCACCUGCCCAGCCCAGCCCCUCGUCACCCACCAGUCACGGCCCUCCACCCACUAAGAAGGAGUAUGAUGAGUCCAGGAUACAGGUACGUCUGUUGGACGGCUCGACCAUCACGGCAGUCUUCAAGGCCCAGGAGCCGCUGGCGGCAGUGCGCGUCUACGUGCAGGUGAACGGCAACACACCUGAGGGUCAGGACUUCACGCUGCUGUCGCCCUACCCCCGUCACGUCUACACUGAACUGGACAUGGAGAAGCCCCUUAAAGAACUGGGUUUGGUGCCUUCAGCUGUGCUGGUUGUUACCAAAAAGUGAGAUCAGGAGGAUCUGCUCUGUGAGCCUACCUCACCACUUCCACUUCAUCAUCAACACAAGAGACACCACAAACAGAUUGAACCGGGAACAGAGCCACCACCACCACCUUCUUAGUAUCACUCUAUAAGCCAGCUAACUGAACUAAAGCAGAGGGACGUCACUUGAGGCUGCGUUCAGAUUGUGUGUAACUACAUUUAAGAAGUUUACAGCGACAAGCGGUUUGGCUAACUCACUGAAUGACGCCUGAUGCCAUUCUGGGCUGACUGAUUGCACUUGAUGUUAAUUGGUUUGUGUGCAGUGAGACUGACAUUGACUUUUACUUUUUCAAAGAGUGAAGAUAGCUGGCUUCUGACGGAUACUUCUUCAACAACACAUUUAUAAAAACGAUACACAACAGAGUCGUUAAUUUUAAACCGAUCUUUUCAUGGCAAAGUAUCACACGAGACCUACUUGAUUGGUUCUGAAAGGGCCUUAAAUUUAAUCCCCACGAUCUUCCUGUUUUUUGUGAUGUUCUACUUUGCCAGUUUUUUUAUAAGUUAAAAUUUAUCGACAGUUAUGUCUGCAUAAUCACCAAGAAUCUACUUAAAAUAAAGCUGAGUCGGAGAAUCAGGA